AUGUCGCAAGUAAAAGAUACGUCCCAUCUGCUAAAGACUCCGCUGCAUGGAAUUGUGAUUCCCUCGUGUCUGAUCCUAUUCGGGGUUGGCGUGCACGACUGGAGAUACGUUCCCUAUGCUGCCGUUGGUCUGGCCAUCUUCCUUUCGAUCAGGAUGUUCAGGGCUUACCUCAGAAGAAAGUCGUUGCAUCCCGAGAAGUGGAAGGAAUUCGAGCUUAUUGACAAGACAGUGAUCUCCAAGAACUCGGCCAUCUACCGUUUUAAGCUGUACAGUGAAGCAGAGAACUUGGACAUUCCCGUUGGCCACCAUGUCGCGUGUAAGGUGCCGAUUGAUGGCAAGGAUGAAAUCCGCUUCUAUACGCCAGUUUCUGGUCAAUACGAUGAAGGGUUUUUCGAUAUUCUGGUCAAGUCGUACAAGGACGGAACCGUAUCCAAGUACUUUGCCGGGCUCAAGGAGGGUCAGAGCGUGUCAUUCCGCGGGCCUGUAGGUCGCAUGGCCUACAGGCCGAACAUGGCACGCAAAAUUGGAAUGAUUGCGGGUGGAUCCGGGAUCACCCCGCUGCUCCAGGUGAUGAGUUAUAUCACCACCACCCCAGAGGACCUCACCGAAGUGUCGCUUUUGUUUGCUAACGAGACAGAGAACGACAUCUUGCUGAGACAAGAGCUUGACUCACUUGCUGCCGCGUAUCCUAACUUUAAGGUAGCUUACACGUUGACCCAUCCUCCAGCCAACUGGGAAGGAGAAACCGGAUACAUUACGAAGGAAAUGUUCGAGAAGUAUAUGCCUGCAGCAUCUGAGGACACCAAGAUUUUUGUAUGCGGUCCGAUGCCCAUGAAGAAGCUCAUAAUUGAGCUUGCGGAGAGUGUUGGGUUUGCCAAGGGAGUGUAUCAGUCCAAGCAGGACGACCAGGUAUUUUGUUUUUAG